AUGAUCGUUCGAACCAACAAGACCAUCAAGAAAACCCAAGGCCGCCAGAAGAUCGAAAUCAAAAAGCUUGAAAACAAUAGCAACAAACAAGUCACCUUCUCGAAGCGCCGUGCGGGUCUUUUCAAGAAAGCCGGCGAGCUCAGCAUCCUCUGCGGUGCCGAGGUUGCCGCCAUCGUCUUCUCUCCCAACAGCAAGGUCUUCUGCUACGGCCAUCCGAGCCCCGAGACCGUAAUUCAACGCUACAUUCACAGCACCACUAGUAGUAACACUUCUAAUUCUUCUGAGGCGGCGGUAGCGGCAAUGGCUUCGGCCGCCGCUACCUCUGCCGAAAGAGAGUUGGUGCCGAUGGAAGAGUUCAACAGGGAGUAUAGAGAAGCCAUGAAAGAGCUGGAGAUAGAGAAAAAGAGAGCGGAGGAGGUGAAACUUGCCGUGGAAGAAAAGAAGUCGGCGUGA